UCCCUGCAUCCCCUUCACUCUGUACAGUAGAGGCAGAAGAAGUGUGUAACAUCACACUAUUGUCUUUGUUGCCCACCACAUUAGCACAUAAGGAUGAGCUUGAAUAGAGACAGAAACUGAGGAGAGAAGAAAGGCUGUAGAAGAGUGUUAGAGUAGAAAGGGGAUAGGAGAGCAGGUUACCCCAAAAGCCUUGUCUUGUCACACCUCGGAUGAUGACACGCAAAGGAGGAGGCAUGCCUUUGACAGUAGCAGCUCUCCAGAUGGUAGUUAGGGUGAAGCCAGCCCCUCCAUCCCUGUUAUAGCAGCACAUGGAGCUCCGUCUCUUUUGGGAAUACAUCAAUGGAGGAUUCCAGGAAUAUUCGCAGCCUGAGCCGAGAGCAAGUGGAAAAAUGCAUGAGCUCCAUGCAGAUGGGGACCCAGAUGGUGAAGCUCCGCGGCGGCUCCAAGGGACUGGUGCGGUUCUUCUACCUGGACGACCACAAGUCCUGCAUCCGCUGGAGGCCCUCGCGCAAAAAUGAAAAAGCUAAGAUCUCCAUCGACUCUAUCCGUGAAGUGUGUGAAGGCAAGCAGUCGGAGAUCUUUCAGCGAUAUGCAGACGGCAGCUUCGACCCCAACUGCUGCUUCAGCCUGUACUACGGCGAACACAUGGAGUCCCUGGACCUGGUCUCUGGCACAGGAGAGGAGGCCCGAACCUGGAUCACCGGCCUCAAGUACCUGAUGGCCGGCAUCAGUGACGAGGACAGUCUGGCCAAGAGACAGCGCACCCGCGACCAAUGGCUGAAGCAGACCUUCACUGAGGCCGAUAAGAACGGUGACGGGAGUUUGAGCAUCAGUGAAGUCCUCCAGCUUCUGCACAAACUCAACGUCAACCUUCCCCGCUCCAAGGUCAAGCAGAUGUUCAAGGAGGCGGACACCGAUGACAACCAGGGAACGCUGGGCUUUGAGGAGUUCUGCUCCUUCUACAAGAUGAUGUCCACCCGCAGAGAUCUGUACCUCCUCAUGCUGACUUACAGCAACCACAAAGACCACCUGGACACCGACGACCUCACCCGCUUCCUGGAGACUGAGCAAAAGAUGACCAAGGUGACCAAGGACCAUUGUCUGGAGAUAAUCAACAAAUUUGAGCCGUGCUCUGAAAACCAGAAGCAAGGGGUUCUGGGUAUUGAUGGUUUUACAAAUUACAUGCGCAGCCCAGCCGGGGACAUCUUCAACCCAGAUCACUACACCGUGAGCCAGGACAUGAACCAGCCGCUUUGCAACUACUUCAUCGCCUCAUCGCACAACACCUACCUGAUGGGGGACCAGCUGAUGUCUCAGUCCAGGGUGGACAUGUACGCCUGGGUGCUGCAGGCCGGCUGUCGCUGUGUGGAAGUCGACUGCUGGGACGGUCAGGAUGGUGAGCCCAUCGUGCACCAUGGCUACACCCUCACCUCCAAGAUCCUCUUCAGAGAUGUCAUCGAGACCAUCAACAAGUACGCCUUUGUCAAGACCGACUACCCCGUCAUCCUGUCCAUAGAGAACCACUGCAGCGUUCCUCAGCAGAAGAAGAUGGCUCAGUACCUGACCGAGGUCCUGGGAGACAAGCUGGACGUGUCCAGCAUCAGAGUAGAUGAGUCCUCACGGCUGCCGUCGCCAGAGGCAUUGAAGGGGAAGAUCCUUGUAAAGGGGAAGAAACUUCCUCCCAACAUCGAUGAGAACGCGGAGGAGGGAGAUGUUUCUGAUGAAGACAGCGCUGAUGAGAUGGAGGACGACUGCAAGCUGAUGAAUGGAGACUGGAAGACAUCGGCCAACAGGAAGCAGGUGGAGAACAUGGCCAAGAAGAAGCUGGACAGCCUGAUGAAGGAGUCCAAGAUCCGAGACAGAGAGGACCCAGACAGCUUCACCAUCGCAGCCCUUCCUCCUGCUGGGAAACCCACCGAUAAACCUGGCAGCAAGGGUAAAAGUGAUGAUGGGACGGACACAGCGGACGAGGCAAAUCCCAGCAGCACCAAGAGGACGAGCCGCUCCUUCAUCGGAAGCUUCUCCAAACGCAAGCAGAAAAAAUCUUCCAAACUGAAGAAGACGUCAAGCUUUGAAGACACUGACACAGAUCAAGAGAGCACGAGCAGCGCCUCCCGAGCCCCGCUGCACCACAGCAAAAAGAAGAAGACCAUGAAGCUUUCCAGAGCUCUGUCUGAUCUGGUCAAGUACACCUGCUCUGUGGGUCUCUACGAUAUCGAUGCACAAGGAAGCUGCAGCUGGCAGGUGUCGUCGCUGAGCGAGACCAAAGCCCACCAGGUGAUGCAGCAGAAAGCCACGGCCUUCACCCAGUUCAACCAACGACAGCUCUCCCGCAUCUACCCGUCGUCGUACCGCGUGGACUCCUCCAACUUCAACCCCCAGCCCUUCUGGAACGCCGGCUGCCAGCUCGUUGCACUAAACUACCAGUCUGAAGGCCGCGUUCUUCAGCUCAACAGAGCCAAAUUCUACAGCAACGGCAACUGUGGCUACAUCCUCAAACCCGCCUGCAUGUGUGAAGGUGCCUUUAACCCGAACCUGGAGGACCCUCUGCCCGGUCAGAUGAAGAAACAGCUGGUGUUAAAGAUAAUCAGCGGACAGCAGCUUCCCAAACCCAAAGACUCGAUGCUGGGGGACAGAGGGGAGAUUAUUGAUCCCUUCGUGGAGGUGGAGAUCAUCGGCCUCCAGGUGGACUGCUGCAAAGAGCAGACCAGAGUGGUGGAUGAUAACGGGUUCAACCCGAUGUGGGAAGAGACUCUGGUGUUCACCAUCCACAUGCCGGAGCUGGCCCUGGUGCGGUUCCUUGUGUGGGAUCAUGACCCCAUCGGCCAAGACUUCAUCGGGCAGCGUACGAUUGCCUUCAACAGCAUGAUGCCAGGCUAUCGCCAUGUUUACUUGGAAGGUAUGGAGGAGGCUUCCAUCUUUGUUCAUGUGGCUGUGAAUGACAUCACUGGUAAGGCCCGAGCAGCCAGCGGAAUAAAAGGGCUGUUUUACAGAAACCCAAAGCAGGCUUCCCUGGACAGCCAUGCUGCUGUACAUCACAGCCGUAAGCACCCGUUUGGUGCCCACCUCCUGCGCCGCACGGCCAGCGCUCCCACCAGAGGCCAGCCCAAAAUGAAGAAGGGCUUUCCAGAGAUUGCCAUCGACACCAAAGACUACAGCUCAGAGGGCGCCAGUGAGGAGCGAGAGUCUGAGGACAGGGACAAGGCUUCUGCUGCUGCCUCCUACCAGUUCACACCACCACAGCAUCGCAACGGGGAUUCACUGACAUCCCACCAAACCAAGGGCCCUUGGGACCAUCCAGACACAAAUGGAGCUUUUCAUGCAGAGGAGGGUAAAGACUGUUGCACAUUGCAGAGACCAGCAGCCCCUCAGUUUCCAGAACUUCUUGCAGAAGACACCAGUAGCAGUCGUUUUGUCCGCUCUGCCUCCUCUCCAGAAGAGAGGCCAUCUUCACAUCGCUUCACAUCUACACCACUUCACUCGCCAUCCACAGCAAUGAAUGCCAUCUCCUCACCGACCUCUUCUUCAUGCAAGGUGUUCCAAACGCCCACAAAGGUGAGCGUGGAGCCUAAGAAAUCCUCUGCUGCAUCUCCCCCCCUGAAAAAUCCUGCUGAGAAAAUUGAAGCAACAUGUUACGCUCAAGAAAACCAGACCGACAGAAGCACUAAUUCAACUGAGGGGGUCAAAACAGACGAGAAAGAAAACAAAGAAACUGCAAUGGAAAAGAAAACUGAUAGAGAUUUUAGGUCAGACCACAAAGCAGAGCCCCCUGCUGCAAUAGUGUCCACUGGAAGCCCUGCAGGUCCAGCCACCCAGCCAGCUCAAACCAGGAGAGCUCUUUUUAGCCCUCUGUCAUCGCACAUCCCAGUAAGACGAGCAAAAAGUGAGGGGCAUGUUCGAGUGGACAGAGCCUUAGCCUGGCAGCCCCAGUCAGCAGUACCAGAGGUCUGUACAGAUGCUACCAUGAACGACCGCCUGUGGAGCAAACUGGAGCCUGACAGCCACCGAGACAGCAUGUCCUCCUCUUCUAGCAUCUCCUCAAAUGACACAGUCAUAGACCUGUCCCUGCCCAACCUGGCCAGAAAGAGCCUCCCCAUUCCGCCCAGUAACACCUGUGAGCCUCCCUGGGUCAGCCGCCGUCACUCAGCAAUGGUGUCCUAUGAAGCCUUGCGAGUCAGCAAAAGUAAGUCAAACCCUAAUCUUCAGCAAAGUGAUUAUCCCAAGGAUGAGCUUAAGCCCCGACCACUGCAACCGGCUCAGGAACCUUCUGAUGAUUCACCUGGCAGACUGACCCAAAGGAGGCACACCUGGAGCCGGCUCUACAUGGAAGGACUCAAGCAGUCAUCAUCCAAACAGCCGUCCACUCCAACCUCAGCAGCCACAUCUUCCAUGUCCAAAAGCCUCGGGGAUCUGACCUCAGAUGAUAUUUCCUGCAACUUUGUCAGCAAGUACCGCAGCAUCAGCCGCAGCUUCAUCGUUGGGUCAACCAGAGACCAGCUCCGUAAGAGCAGCCCGCAGAAGUCCCGACCACAAAACCACCUGACGGAGCAGCUACGUAAGCUGGCUGAUGUGGAGCCCCUGACUCCAAGUGACUUUGCCCCAGAAAACAGGCCUAGAAACUUGCAGGAGGAGGACCCGGUUGAUGAGACCCUGGUGCGAAGGACCUCCUCAAGGAGCCAAAGCAGGGUGCGGUACAUUGCAAACAGGGCCAAGAAAGCCCAGGAAAGACAGAGGCUCCAGGGUCUGACGCAGGGCAGGAGUGCAAGCUUUAGCCUCUCUGGUAGCAUUGGCAGUGGAAGCAGUGCUUCGAGCCCCAUCGAGGAGAGGGGCAACCCCGAGGGGGCGUGUUGCGUGGCCCGUAGUCCCUGUAGCAGCCUGGACCUGCUGAGUCAGCUAACCUCCCUACAAGCACCAUCCCAUGUACAGUCCCAGUCCUCCUCAGACCCUGAAAACAGUGAAGUCUUUUUCAUGCUCAAACUCUGAGAACUGGCUGACGUGGAACUGAGUGUGAGAGGCGCAGCUAGAAACUUGUUUUCAAUACAUUUCAGUUUUAUCCCAGGAGAAAUCGUUCUUCUCAUUUUGUUUGGUUUUAAGUUGCAUAUCCUACAGAAAACACUUCCACUAUAACAGUAAUCCAUGAAAAAUGUACUUUGCAUUUUAGGGUUCAAAUAAGUUUUUCUAACCAACAAGUAGGAAACAGUUUAUUCUGCUGCCCUAAGUGAAGGUGGACAGGAAGGUGUUGGAAGCACCCUCAGCCUUUCUCUUCCAUUCAAGUCAUAAUGCUGUGAUGACAUAAACAUCAAAUUUGAGCCCAUGCAAGUUAUGAAUGUAACCCUGAAUCAGUGCAAACAAAAACAAGAUGAUGGAAAAAAUCAGUGGUUGCGUUGCUGCUCAGACAUGUGUCUCCUGCAGAGGUCCUGCCCUAAAACCAGCUGCUAACUCCUGCAGUGGUGAUAAAGAGGAACAGCUCUGUCACCUGUUUGCUCCAAGUUAAGAAAAUGCCCGAUUGUAUUUAGUGAAAACUUCCAGAAAGGUUUAUAUUCAUGCCAUUUAUGUUAACUGUAAUCUACUUUAAAGUUUAAGAUUUUUUGCAUUAACUGAGCACACAGUAGCAAUAGAUCCAAAUCAGAGAAAAGGAUUUUAAAUGUAUUUUUUAUUUUCUUGAACUGUAAUGAUAUACUUCAACUGUGCUGAAAAUUCAAUAUUCUAUGUCUAGGCAUUACGAUCAGUCCAUCCAUCAACUAGCAAUAUUUUAAAAAUGAUGGCAUGGUACCACGUUGAAGGUCAUGUACAGUUUGAAGCUAAAAGCUGAGGCUUGUCUUCUGUCUUUGCUGGUGCAGGAUUGAAGGUCUUGUUUUCCGUAUGCUUUGUUGUGGUGGUUAUGUUGUAAUCUGACCGAGCUGCCAAUCUUCAUCUAACUUCCUGCUCUUUGGCAUGUUACAGCACAGAGCUCCCGUUCUUUAAAGGAAUCAUUUAAUCCAGUGGACUGACCCGAACUUAGUUUAGUCCCUUUCUGUUGACUGCAUGCUUUCUACACACUGUAACGAUCCUCCCAAGGCUGUGUUUUCUUUUACAAAGAUUUUUAUAUGAAGAUUUGUUAUAUUCCAGGCUUGUUUCUUUUUUUUAAUGGGAAUGCGUCAUGGUGGUCAGCAGGGCGUCAUGUCUGAAGCCCCGUUUUCUUUAUCUGUAAUGCUACCAGAUGGGAAUGAUCUGUGUUGAAGCACGUUUGUCCAGCAGCUGUACCGUCCGCCCUACCGUCCGAGAUGUUUGUGCAAAACUUUCACAACAAUGAGUUUAAACAAUGUGUAAUUAUGACCUAAAUAAAGCUCAAAAUUAAUAUCAGCAAA